UCCUCUUCCCCACCUCACUUUUAUCUUUUGCUGCCCGCCGCUAUAAUUGCCAGCCGGCUUGCUUGGUUGGUAUAUCGCCAGGGCCACCAUUCCACCAAGCUCUUCCCCUUGCUCAGCACUUCAGCAGUCAGCAGCGGCCUCCCCAUCAGAAGCCUAGCUAGCAGCUCUUCCUCGCCCCCACAGCCGUUUCCCAGAUCUUUUUCAGCACCGGCACUCCACCAGGGCACAGCAAGGGCAUCUACUCUGCACUUCGCCUGAUCCAGUCCAACCGGAGAGGGUGUAAGAGCUCCUCUGCCUCUUCUCUUCCGUGUUUCCCUUUUCUUCCUGUUUCUAGUAUGCAGCGAUGUGAGCUUCUCCUUUUCGGUCCAACUUCUCGGUGCUUUGCUGAAGGGAAUGUCCAGCCUACAGUGGCUUCAGGCAUUCUUUCCAGCAAAUCUUGUUUUCCCCUAUUGAGUGGGGAAGCCGUUCAACCUUUUAUUUCUAGCAUGCAAAUUUUUAUCGGGGGCUAUUGGCCCAGCUUCUUCAACCUCCAUUGUUCCUGCUAGUUUUUUUUUAAAAAAAAUCUCUUUCCCCUACCUUAAAAGAAAUCACUUUCUUCCCUGUUUGAGAUGAGAGCCCUGGCUGCAAGUUUCAUGUUCUUGGGCUGCCCGAUUGCUGGAAUGGAAUAUGCCCACGAGCAGCCCCUCACAUGUUGUGUUAUGCUUUUCUGAAUGGAUGACUGAAUAUUCAAUUCCUAUCUUUUCUGCAGCCCCCUCGUGGCUGAUUGGCAUUUAUUCUUUCCAGAUCCCAAGAAUGGUCUAACUUCUCUUUGACUUCCAAUUCGAUUCCUGUUCUAGGUGAGAGAGGGAAAAAAACUAGUUUUUGGAUCUCACAGGAUGUUUUCUGCCAACCCAAUUGAUUGAGCCGUUCACCAAUUUUCUGACUUAGCAUGUGGUAGGGAAUAACAAACAAACUGAACCAGCAGCUGUUCACCAGUCGUGGAUUUGCAUUUGGCCAUGCCCAUAAAAUUUACAGAUCAGUGAUGAUUGAUUGGAGAUAAGAAAUGAGACGUGAAUCUAUCACACGUCCUAACUGAACUCGUGGAAACCAUUGGACUCUGCAUAGAAGCUUCCUGAUAUUUCUAAGGGGCGAUAAGGCAGGGAAUGAGUACAACCAAGGUGAAGAGACGUGUGGGGAAGUAUGAGCUCGGUCGGACCAUAGGUGAAGGCACAUUCGCAAAGGUCAGGUUCGCGAAGGACACUGAGACAGGCGAACCUGUAGCUAUCAAGAUCAUAGAUAAGGAGAAGGUCCUCAAGCACAAGAUGGUUGAGCAGAUUAAGCGGGAAAUUUCAACAAUGAAGUUGAUCAAGCAUCCUAAUGUUGUUCGCAUAUAUGAGGUGAUGGGAAGUAAAACAAAGAUAUACAUUGUGUUAGAAUUUGCUACAGGUGGUGAGCUCUUUGACAUAAUUGCUAACCAUGGUCGAAUGAGGGAAGAUGAGGCAAGGAGGUAUUUCCAACAAUUAAUCAAUGCAGUUGAUUAUUGUCAUAGCAGGGGUGUGUACCACCGGGAUCUAAAAGUCUCCGACUUUGGGCUGAGUGCUCUAUCUCAGCAGAUCAAGGAUGAUGGAUUGCUGCACACAACUUGUGGAACUCCGAACUAUGUUGCACCAGAGGUCCUUGAAGAUCAUGGCUAUGACGGUGCAAUGGCUGAUUUGUGGUCAUGUGGAGUUAUCCUGUUUGUUCUGCUAGCAGGGUAUUUGCCUUUUGAGGACUCUAAUCUUAUGAUGUUGUAUAAGAAAAUAUCAAAUGCAGAAUUUACAUUUCCACCGUGGACAUCUUUUCCUGCGAAGAGGUUGUUAACAAGAAUCCUUGAUCCAAAUCCAAUGACGAGAAUAACAAUCCCAGAAAUAUUAGAGGAUGAGUGGUUCAAAAAGGGCUACAAGCGCCCGGAAUUUGACGAAAAAUAUGACACCACAUUGGAUGAUGUGGAUGCUGUCUUCAAUGAUUCAGAAGAGCACCACGUGACAGAAAAGAAAGAAGAAGAGCCAGUAGCUCUGAAUGCAUUUGAACUGAUAUCAAUGUCAGCAGGCCUAAAUCUUGGAAACUUAUUCGACUCAGAGCAGGAAUUCAAAAGAGAAACAAGGUUCACCUCAAAAUGUCCACCCAAGGAAAUUAUCCGCAAGAUUGAGGAAGCAGCAAAACCUCUAGGAUUUGAUGUUCAGAAGAAAAAUUACAAGUUGAGGCUCGAAACGGUGAAAGCAGGGAGGAAAGGAAACCUCAAUGUUGCUACUGAGAUACUACAAGUCGCACCCUCCCUUCAUAUGGUAGAAGUUCGAAAAGCAAAAGGCGACACUCUGGAAUUCCAUAAAUUCUACAAGAACCUUUCCAACACCUUAAAGGACGUUGUCUGGAAAUCCGAGGAUCUGCAAAUGCAACCUGCUGCUUAGCAGAACCUGAGGAGAGGAAGGAUGGAAAACUAUUUGUCUCAUUCUUCCAAGCAGAUUCCAUUUCGGUAGCCUGCUAGCCUGGAUCAGCAAAUCUGUUCUCCGAAUUAUAUAUGUAAUAGUGUGUGGCCCGGCAAAUUGUGCUGGUCCUCCACUACUGUUGUAAUUGUAAAUGCUGCAUUUUGAGAGAUCGCAUUGCUUGCUGUAGACUGUAGUUGGAGUGAAGCUCUUUCAAUAGAUUUUUUCAGUAUGUGAGCUUUGUAAAUCCAUGUAUGCCUAUGAAUGAUGUUGAAACACCAUGCACAAAAUCUGCGAAAUGAAGCCAAGUAUGGUUUUCGCAUC